AUGAGUGCUGUAAUGACGAAUGGGCUUAUAGAUGAUAAACUAGAAGAAUGGAAAGAAACUAAGAUAAUUGGCAUAAUAGGUCUAGGUGACAUGGGUCUUCUUUAUGCAGAGAUGUUCUCUCAAGCAGGAUGGAAAGUUGUAUGUUGUGAUCGUCCAGAAAAGUACGAUAUGUUAUUGAAGAAAUAUCAGGGUGCUAAGUUUACGGUUCUAAAAGAUGGCCACCUUGUUUCCCGUAUCAGUGAUUACAUUAUCUACUCAGUAGAAACAGAAAAUAUUAAGACGAUUGUCUCGAAAUAUGGACCCUCCACAAAAUUAGGUGCAAUUGUUGGUGGACAGACUAGUUGUAAGAAUUAUGAGAUUAAGGCAUUUGAGGAAUUCUUACCGACGGAUGUAGAUAUCAUAAGUGUGCAUUCCUUACAUGGACCCAAGGUAAACACAGAAGGUCAGCCAUUGGUAAUUAUUGAUCAUCGGUCCUCAAGAUCUGAUUCAUACCCGUUCGUUAGAGCUUUAUUGUCAUGUUUGAAAAGCAAGAUCGUAGACCUAACUUAUGAGGAACAUGAUACAAUAACAGCAGACACACAAGCUGUAACUCAUGCCGCAUUUCUAAGUAUGGGCCUUGCAUGGUUUAAAAGACGAACUUACCCAUGGAGCAUAGGUGUUGGCCAGUGUAAUGGUGGGUUUGAAAAUGUAAAGGUGAAUAUCUCCUUGAGAAUCUAUUCCAAUAAAUGGCAUGUGUAUGCAGGUUUAGCUAUUUCAAAUCCCGCAGCACAUAAGCAGAUAAUGCAAUAUGCACAAAGCACCACAGAUAUUUUCACUCUAUUUAUCGAAGGCAAGAAAGCAGAGUUAAAAAGCCGGGUGAUGGAAGCUAAAGAGUGUAUAUUUGGAAAUCACAGCGGCCCACUAUUGUUGGAAGACGCCAUGUUGGCUAAUUAUUCACUUUCAAGACAAGAAAUUUGUGAAGAUAAGAUAGCCAGAUGUAACUCACACUUAUCUCUUCUAGCAAUAGUGGACAGUUGGCACAAGCUUGGUGUUAACCCAUACGAUCACAUGAUAUGUAGCACUCCGCUCUUCCGCAUUUUCGUUGGCGUUACAGAAUAUUUGUUCAUGGACUCUGGCCUCUUGGAGCAAACCAUAAACACUGCUAUCGAAGAAGACUGGUUUAGAGCAGAUGACCUAGAAUUCGUCAUAGCCGCAAGAACUUGGUCUCAAAUCGUUUCCUCGGGUUGUUUUGAGCUCUAUAAAACCCAAUUCGAAGAAGUUCAAAAAUUCUUUGAGCCAAUGUUUCCAGAAGCAACUAAAGUUGGAAAUGAUAUGAUAAAAAUGAUUCUUAAAAAUCAAGGAUAA